AAAGCUCAUUUGGUCACUUAGGAGACGAUCACCAAGAGAAGUCAGGACAGGGGAAAUGGAAGCAGUUCCAUUUUAGCCACAGGGUUGUGGAGGAGAGCCAAGACCUGCACCGCCUGACCUUACGGUGAUGUGUUAAAUGUAGCCUCUGGAGUGAUCCUACCUUCCAUUCGGAGCCUUCACUGCCAGGCAGCAGAACUGUGAGCUACAGUUAAGUAGAAAUCAAGGAAGAUGAGUUCUAGCAUGAGCAUGGGUGAACCAAGACUGAACUGGGAUGUUUCUCCCAAAAAUGGCCUGAAGACAUUUUUCUCCCAAGAAAACUAUAAAGAUCAUUCCAUGGCUCCAAGUUUAAAAGAACUGUUAACUUUAUCUAGCAGACGUAUAGGAGAAAAUCUGAAUGCCUCAGCAAAUUCUAUGGAAAGUGAGCCGACAGUUAGUUCAGCACCUCAAACAAAGGAGAAAGUUGGAAUGGUUCUUCUUCCAAAACCAAGAGUUCCCUACCCUCGUUUCUCCCGCUUCUCACAGAGAGAGCAGAGGACUUAUGUGGAUUUAUUAGUUAAAUAUGCAAAGAUUCCAGCAAAUUCCAACACCGUUGGUAUAAACAAAAGUGAAUAUUUGCAGUAUUUGGACAUGAAAAAGCAUGUGAAUGAAGAAGUGACUGAAUUCCUGAAGUUUUUGCAGAACUCUGCGAAGAAGUGUGCGCAGGAUUAUAAUAUGCUUUCUGAUGAUGCCCGUCUUUUCACAGAGCAAAUUUUAAGAGCUUGCAUUGAGCAAGUAAAGAAGUACCCAGAAUUUUUUUCUCUUCAUGAAGUUACCAGCUUAAUGGGAUUCUUCCCAUUCAGAACCGAGAUAGGAUUGAAAUUAGAAAAAACCCUUCUUGUGUUGGGCAAUGUAAAAUUUGUGAAAACAGUAUUUCCUUCAAUGCCAGCAAAGUUAUAUCUCUCAAAAGAUGAUAUGUCUUCCACAGAAAUACCAAAACAAAUCGCUGAAGCUAUGCACUCGGAUAUCAGUAAAGAUCCAAAUGCUGAGAAGCUUGUUUCAAGGUACCAUCCUCAGAUCGCUCUCACUAGUCAAUCAUUAUUUACAUUACUAAACAACCAUGGACCAAGCUACAAGGAACAGUGGGAAAUUCCAGUAUGUGUUCAACUAGUGCCUGUUGCAGGUUCCAAACCAGUUAAAGUCAUUUAUAUUAAUUCACCACUUCCCUCAAAGCAAAUGACAACGAGAGAGAGAAAUCAAAUCUUUCAUGAAGUUCCAUUAAAAUGUAUGAUGUCCAAAAACACGUCAGUUCCAGUCUCUGCAGUAUUCAUGGACAAACCUGAAGAGUCUGUGCCUGAGAUGGACACAUCCAGUGAAGUUAACGAGUGCCGAAAAAUUGAGACUCAUGAAAAUUUGGAUCUGAAUUUUGAUGAAGAUGUCACAGAACUUGAAACCUUUGGAGUAACCACCACCAAACCACCAAAGUCACCAAUUCCAGCCAGUACUUCCACGGAAUCCAUCAUGACAGAUACUCCUGCUGCUGCCAAAGCAGCACCUCUGCCUGUGGCUCCUGCUACACCAGAUAUUGCUACUAGUUCUAGGAGCUUGGCUCAGAUUCUAAUGGAACAGUUGAAGAAAGAGAAACAACUGGUAACUGGUAUGGAAAGUGGUCCCGAAGAGGGCAAAGAUAAAGACAAUCAAAGCCUCACACCAUGUGGUAAACAGGUGUCCAGUUCCGACAAGGCUUUGAUGCCAGAUAAGGGCAUGGAAACAUCUGAUAGCUUACCGUUGCAAAGUUCUAGAGAAACUAAAAACUCAUCUGAAAAUGGAAUGGCCACAGAUACACUGUGUGCUGAUGAUAAAAGACUAAAUGUUGUAGAUAGCACAGACAAUUCAAAAGACAAGGCUACUACAUCAGAAGCAGGUAGUGCUGAGAAAGUAGUUCCUUGCAGUAGUGAUACCGAUGAGGACUGCCUAGUGAUUGACACAGAGUGUAAAGGUGAUCGUGAUGGAAAGAAAGCUGUUGUGGGUUCUACUUUAAAUUCUGGACCAGUAAAUUCAGAUUCUUCCCCAGGACAGGCUUCUGUAGGAAACCACACAACUUCUAAUCCUGAAGACUCCUGUGUUUUAAAAAAACCUAUCAAAAGAGUAUAUAAAAAAUUUGAUCCAGUGGGAGAAAUUUUAAAAAUGCAAGAUGAGCUCUUAAAGCCAAUUUCCAGAAAAGUACCAGAGUUGAACUUAACGAACGCAGAUGAUUCAAAACAAUCACUUCUGUCUGAGCAAACCUCUGCUCCUUCAGAUGCCUCUGGUUGGCCAAAGUCUGGAUGGCCUUCUGCGUUCCAGAAGCCAAAAGGACGAUUGCCAUAUGAACUUCAGGACUAUGUUGAAGAUACAUCGGAAUACUUACCUCCUAAAGAAGGAAAUUUUGUCUAUAAGUUAUUUAGCCUGCAAGACCUGUUGUUACUUGUACGUUGCAGUAUCCAGAAGAUAGAGACAAGACCACGUUCUAAAAAAAGAAAGAAAAUCAGAAGACAAUUUCCAGUGUAUGUACUGCCAAAACUAGAAUAUCAAGGUUGUUACGGAGUUGAAGCUCUAACUGAAAGUGAACUUUGUCGCUUAUGGACUGAAAGUUUAUUGCAUUCCAACUGCUCCUUUUAUGUUGGACACAUUGAUGCAUUUACUUCAAAGCUUUUCCUGCUAGAAGAAAUUACCUCCGAAGAAUUAAAAGAAAAACUUUCAGCUCUCAAGUAAGAAAGC